AUGCUAACAUUUUUGUGUGCUUUAUUUUUUGUUGCAAUAAUUUUAUUGGUCAGAAGAUUACGUCGACCAAAUAUUGCAACACAAAGAUGUGUUCAUAUUGUUGUUCUUGGUGAUCUCGGUCGAAGUCCACGCAUGUGUAAUCAUGCUAUUGAAUUUGAUAAGCAUAAAUUCAAUGUACAUUUAAUUGGUUAUGCAGUUUUACCAGCCGUAUUAGUUUAUGGUUUAAAAAUAUUAUGGCAAUUUGGUACACUUGUUUUUCGUCUUUCUCAAUUACCUAAACCUGAUUUAAUUUGUGUUCAAAAUCCACCGUCAAUUCCAGCUAUAUUUGCAACAUUUUUAAUGGCAAAAAUUCGUGGAGCUCGUUUAAUAAUUGAUUGGCAUAAUUAUGGAUAUUCAAUGUUAGCAUUAAAACAUGGUUUUAAACAUUGGAUUGUUCAUUUAUGUCAACGAUAUGAAUUUUUCCUUGGUCAAUUAGCUAAUAUUAAUAUAUGCGUAUCGAAUACAUUUGCGAAAGAUCUUAGUGUUCACACGAUUAAGGCAUCUGUGCUUUAUGAUAAACCAACAAAUCUAUUUCAUAUUCCUACAAUAGAAGAAAAACAUCGAAUAUUUAUGAAAAUGAAUACACAAUAUGCUUAUAAACCAUUUCAAGGAAGAUCAAAUAAUUCAACUCGAUUUACAAAUGAAGAUGAGAAAAAUAAUAUUAGUUAUUUACAAGAUAGACCAGCUAUUCUUGUAAGUAGUACAAGUUGGAGUGAAGAUGAAAAUUUUGAAUUGCUAUUUGAUGCAUUAAAAAAAUAUGCUUCUAAUGAGAUGAAUAAUUUACCAUCAAUUGUUUGUAUUGUUACUGGAAAAGGUCCAUUAAAGGAACAAUUUGUUGAACAAGUUGAACGUGAACGUGAUCAAUAUCAACAUGUUGAAUUUUGUUUUCCAUGGCUUGAUGCUGAUGAUUAUCCAUUAUUAUUAGGUUGUGCUGAUAUUGGUGUAAGUCUUCAUCAAUCUUCAAGUGGUUUUGAUUUACCAAUGAAAGUUGUUGAUAUGUUUGCUGUUGGUGUUCCAGUUUGUUCCGUUCAAUAUGAUUGUAUUGAUGAAUUAGUAAAACGUGACCAAAAUGGAAUUAUUUUUCAAGAUGCUAAUGAUUUAUGUGAUCGACUACAGAGUUUACUUCAUGGUUUUCCUGAUCGCUGUUUAAAAUUGAAUAACUUGAAAUCAAAUUUAAUUGCUAAUCGAUCAAAUGAAAAUUGGUCAAAAGAAUGGGAAUCAGUUAUGAAACCUUUACUUCAUUCAGAAUCUAUGUAA